AUGCCCCUGGGCGACCAGCAGAGCCCUGCCCGACCCCCCCUCAAUUCCCCUGUCUCCGCCUGCCCAGUGGCCUCGGUUCUGCUUGCGCCCCUCUGCUGGUGCUGGUGCUUGGUUGCACGGGUGGCGGUGCUUUUUGGAAAACCCGGUGGCUGCUGGUGGGGUAGUGGCCGGGGAAGCAGUGGUGUUUCCUCAUCCUCAAAGUGCCGCUGGGUGCAUGCAGCUGCUGUGUUGGCGAAUCCACCGCCUCAGCCGCGUGCAGAGCAGCCUCCUCUCUGCUUGCGCCCUGCUGGUGCUGGUUCCGGGUUCCAGUGGUGGCGCAGGCGGCGCACUUUUUUAAAGGCCUUUUGGACACAGGCGAAGAGGGAACGCAGGCCAAGGCACGAGGUGGUCUUGGGACUCCUUUUCCCGCUUUCCAUUUCUAGCCUGACAAUUCACCUCCAGAUUCUGGGAAACUGCCAUGAUCAUUAA